AUGACUCCCUAUCUCGGCAUAAGUGGCAAGACCCUCAAUUUCAUCAUUGGAAUUAUCGGCGCAACUGCUUUCGCCCUUCAAGGAUACGAUCAAGCUGUCGGGAAUGGUAUCCUCACUCUCAAAACAUUUCUAAGUGUCUUCCCUCAGACAGAUACACUCGAUACCAAAGGCGCUCAAAAGUCGCAUAAUGCCACGAUCCAAGGUACUACCAUUGCCAUCUACGAAGUUGGCUGCACACUUGGGGCUCUGGCUCGCGUGUAUAUCGGCGACAAAUUAGGUCGAAUACGAACUGUAUUUGCUGCCGGUGUAGUGACGCUCGUAGGAGUGGCCAUUCAAACAUCGGCUUUCAGCCUUGGGCAAUUCAUUGCUGGAAGGGUCAUAACAGGUCUUGGUCUCGGCGCUUGUACUGCUACUGUUCCUAUGUGGAUAUCAGAAUGUGCGAAUGCUAAAGACCGUGGAUAUUUUGUUCUUCUCCAGGGCUUAUUCGCUUUGGGGGGGAUUGUCACUGCAACCUGGCUGGAGUUUGGCCUUUUUUAUGUUAAAGAAAACGCUGUCAACUGGCGUUUCCCUAUUGCCUUCCAAGCAGUCUUGGCAUUGGUCGUUGUCAGUGCCAUUCUGUUCAUGCCAGAAUCUCCUCGCUGGCUUCUCAAGAACUCACGCACAGAGGAAGCCUCUAAGGUCUUAGCCGUUCUCGGAGAUACAUCUGUCGAACCAGAGACUAUUGCGGCGGAAAUCGCGACUAUCAGCAGUGCAAUAGAACAGGAGGCCAGCAUUGACGGCUGGAACAACCCCUUUGCUGUCAAUCAUGGACGGUACCUCCACCGUACAAUGCUUGGGCUGGGAGUGUGCUUUUUGGGGGAAAUGACUGGAGUUAACAUUAUCACUUUUUACUCGACAACUAUAUUUCAGAUUAAUCUUGGAUAUUCUGGAACUACAUCGCGAGUCAUCUCAGGGUGUCUCCAAAUAUGGCAACUCCUUGCUGCCGGCCUAGCCGUCUUCCUUGUGGAUCGAGUCGGCCGCAGGCCCCUCCUUAUCGUGUCGGCAGCAGGCAUGGCUGUAGCACACGCAUGUUUAGCUGGUCUAACCUCCAAUCUUCAGAACAAACAUGCUUCUGAUGCAGCCAUCUUUUUCUAUUUUCUCGCUCUUUUCUUCUUUCCCAUUGGUCUCUUUCUGCUUCCUUUUAUGUACGCUGCCGAAAUCGCUCCUUUGAGAACCCGAUCACAAGUUACCGCUAUGGCCGCCGCUAUACACUGGCUAUUUGGCUUCGUUAUCGCAGAAGUUACUCCAGUUGCGUUUGCAAAUAUUUGA